CCUUUCUUCCUCGAUCACUAAACACAGAGAAAGACCGAAGGAUCCUUAUUCUUUAUUUAUUUAUUAUUCUUCUAUUUCUGUUUAUUAAAACAAAGAUUGUAAUUUUUUGAAAAUGGCGUUUGCGGUUACUUCUUCUUCGAAUGCAGUUUCUGGUUCCAGCUUUUCUCGUUCAAGUGCCUCUUCUGACAUCAAAGUUCCGCAAAUUGGUUCAUUUCGUUUAGCGGAUCGCCAUGCAACGGUGAAUCUGUCUCACAAACGUAGCGCAAUGAAGCCCGUAAAUGCGGAGCCAAAACGGAAUGAUCCCAUGGUUCCUCUGGCAGCAACAAUCGUUGCUCCAGAAGUAUCGCCAAAAGUAGAGGUGGAGGAUUACGAGCAAUUGGCCAAAGAACUUGACAACGCUUCUCCACUGGAAAUCAUUGAUAAGGCUUUAGAGAAAUUCGGAAACGACAUUGCUAUCGCCUUUAGUGGGGCAGAGGAUGUUGCUUUGAUCGAGUAUGCGAAACUGACUGGUAGACCAUUUAGGGUGUUCAGCCUUGAUACUGGUAGGCUGAAUCCGGAAACUUAUAGAUUCUUUGAUGAGGUUGAGAAACACUAUGGAAUUCGUAUCGAGUACAUGUUUCCUGAUGCUGUUGAAGUUCAGGCAUUGGUGAGGAGUAAGGGGUUGUUUUCUUUUUACGAGGAUGGCCACCAAGAAUGCUGCCGUGUCAGGAAAGUGAGGCCUUUGAGGAGAGCACUCAAGGGUUUGCGUGCUUGGAUUACCGGUCAAAGGAAAGAUCAGUCUCCGGGAACUAGGUCGGAGGUUCCUGUUGUUCAAGUGGACCCUGUUUUUGAAGGAAUGGAUGGUGGGAUUGGUAGCUUGGUGAAGUGGAACCCAGUCUCCAAUGUUGAUGGUAAAGACAUUUGGAAUUUCCUCCGGGCGAUGAAUGUGCCUGUCAAUUCUUUGCAUACCCAAGGAUAUGUGUCUAUCGGUUGCGAGCCUUGCACAAGGCCAGUAUUACCAGGACAACAUGAAAGGGAGGGAAGGUGGUGGUGGGAGGAUGCCAAGGCCAAGGAGUGUGGUCUUCAUAAAGGAAAUUUGAAACAAGACAGUGCAGCACAACUUAAUGGCAAUGGGAAUGGGGCUUCCCAUUCCAAUGGUACUGGCACCCAAAGUGACAUUUUCAAUAGCAAGAGCUUGGUCACACUGAGUAGGACAGGAAUUGAGAAUUUGGCAAGAUUGGAGAGCCGGAAAGAACCAUGGCUUGUUGUGCUUUAUGCCCCAUGGUGCCCUUUUUGCCAGGCAAUGGAAGAAUCGUAUGUUGAAUUGGCUGAGAAGUUGGCAGGUUCUGGGGUGAAAGUCGCAAAAUUCAGAGCUGAUGGUGAACAAAAGGAGUACGCACAGAAGGAGUUGCAGUUGGGAAGUUUCCCCACUAUACUUUUCUUCCCCAAAUACUCAUCUAAGCCAAUAAAGUAUGCCUCUGAGAAGAGGGAUGUCGAUUCAUUGAUGGCAUUUAUUAAUGCCCUCCGAUGAUGGGAAUCAAAAUUAACUUGUUGAAUUAGCAAAUCAACUGUUGGGUGGUGGUAUCAAAAAUAAUAAUUUGUUGUCAGUUACAUAACCAAACACAUGAAGAUGGAAGAUGAACUCUCCACUACGCCAUGUUGGGUAAGCUUCAAGUUGGGAAAUGAACCCAGAUUUUGCCAUUCCGGCCCUAGCACCUAUCUUGGGUGUUUCUGUAUAUUGAAAAAUGUUCUUUAUUCCUGGAAGUUUUAUUUUGGUGGUCUGCUGUUUUGUAGAUUCGAGAUCGGUUGGGCCUUAGUCGUCUUUAUAUACGAUUAAAGAGUUACGUUAUUGUUAAAUGUAUUUUUGCCAAAACUUUAAUAAGGUAGCCUUUGAUUCCAAGAUCACCAACUUGGUCAAAUCUUAUCACAAGUCA